UUCUACUUUCUAGCCAUGGCCAUGGCUUCUUUGAGCUCUCUCCCUCACUCUCUACAGUCCUCGCCUUCUACUUCUUCUGCAAACUAUGUUAUUCCAAGCAAACCACCCUGCCCAAAACGCCUCCGUUUUGGUUCGUCAAAUCGCCGUCACACCAAAAGCUUUGCUCCGAGAGCAGCUGUGGACGAGGUUUCUGUUCUCGAACCGCCGCCACCACAGCCGCCGUCUUCCGGAAGCAAAACCACGCCCAACCCUGAACUUGUAGCGUCUUUAAAGCUCAACCUAUUGAGUGCUGUUUCUGGGCUAAAUAGAGGUCUUGCAGCAUCGGGAGAGGAUCUACAAAAGGCAGAAGCUGCUGCCAAGGAGAUUGAAGCUGCUGGAGGUCCAGUGGAUCUCUCAACUGAUCUUGAUAAACUGCAAGGGAGAUGGAAAUUGAUAUAUAGCAGUGCAUUUUCUUCUCGUACUCUAGGUGGGAGCCGUCCUGGACCUCCCACCGGAAGGCUACUCCCAAUUACCUUAGGCCAGGUAUUUCAACGGAUUGAUAUCUUCAGCAAAGACUUUGAUAACAUAGUGGAGCUUGAACUAGGUGCUCCAUGGCCCCUGCCGCCCGUUGAAGCAACUGCCACUUUGGCCCACAAAUUUGAACUCAUAGGAUCUUCCAGGGUUAAGAUCAUUUUUGAGAAAACUACUGUGAAGACUACUGGAAACUUAUCGCAGCUUCCUCCAUUAGAGUUACCUAAGUUACCAGAAGGACUACGACCUCCGUCUAACCCAGGAAGUGGUGAAUUUGACGUUACCUACCUUGAUGCUGAUAUCCGCAUCACCAGAGGAGAUAGAGACGAGCUAAGGGUUUUUGUUGUUUCAUAGUUUCUUGUUAGUUUCUUUUCCUACUUCCAAUGUAUCUCCAUCUGUUUUGCCUCGCGUCUUCUUGGUGUCGUUUGAUCAUAUGUUGUUACUUCCAAUUGUUGUAUGCAUGAACCGGUGGAUGGAAGUUCCAGGAAAUGUUCAACGAGGAACAACACUGUAUACAUGUAAAUUUUGUAAUCGAUAAAGUGAAUCGUCUUUGUCACUUGGAUUGUAUCUGCAUUGCCUUUUCAAGUGAUAUCUAUAGGAGUUUUAGGC